CUUUUAUUUUUCGCACUUUUGUUUUUGAGGUUCCUCCUCCACUUUUCUUCCCCUCGACACAACAAAAGCUAAUCGUGCAAUCCACACCUGCGAUCUGCUCUUCAUCAUUUGUCCAACGAACCACCAGCCCAAGUGUCCUUUCUCUUUCGCCUUCUCUCUCUCUCUCUCUCUCUCUCUCCCUCUGUCUCUCUGGGUAGUGGUUUAGGUUUACUCCUCUUUUUCCUACGUUUUCUUGAGAAAAUUUGCCCUCUUGUGCUUGGUGGGUUGUGCCGUUGAGGAGGUGUGUGAUGUCUGAUGGGCCCUCAACUCCACUAAGGAGGAUUUUAAUGGUGAAAGGAGAUCUCUUUGCCUCACUUUCUCUGCUUUUUCUUUGCACCCCCAUUUUCUCGGCUGUCUCCCAAUUCCUGUUCCUGGGUUUCUUUCCUUCUCCUCUCUUCUCUUCUGUUGUGAAGAUAAGAUUUUGAGGGUUUCGGUGGUUUGGUCGCUUCCUCUUGAGCCAUUGUGUAGCUUUUCUCGUCUGAGGUUGCAGUCACGGAGGUGGUUUUUACUCGUUGUCUCUUGAAUCGGCUUUUGUUGACCGCGGAUUGGUGUGUCCUGCGUCGGCGGUGAGCUUAGAUUCCGUGAGAGCUUUAAGUUGGUUUCUUGUUCUUCAGUUUACAAGGUUGAUAUUGGAAAAAUCAGGAGCCUUUUUGGUGCUCUAGAAGGUCAACGACGUCGGUCUUAAAGGUCUUGAUCUUCUUUUAUUUUACUUGGAGUCAAAUGUGGAAUUGGGGAAAUGGUGAAAGCUCAGUUUCUUGGGUAGCUGUUUUCAACGGAAUUGCUCAGUGUUCUUCGUUUGAAUGAAGAUUGUGAAGGAGUUUGAGAUUGGAGAAAGAUUGUGAGAGUUUCUGGUGUAGGAGGUGGGGAUUUUAAAUCAUGAGAAGAGAAAUGGAUAGGGUGAUCCAGCCUCCUUUGGUUGAUUCGACAGCGUGCCUUUGUAGAGUUGAUGCGAGUCUCAAAACUGUUGCUGGGGCCAAAAGGUAUGUACCUGGAACAAAGCUCUGUCUCCAGCCUGACAUCAAACCAUCCAUUCAUCCAACAAGGAACAAGCCCGCACGAGGAGAUAGAAGCCGGAAUCAAUCCCCUCUACUUCCAGGCCUACCUGAUGACCUGGCCAUUGCAUGCCUCAUUAGGGUACCACGAGUGGAACACUGUAAGCUCCGCCUAGUCUGCAAAAAAUGGUACAAGCUUCUUUCCGGUAACUUCUUUUACUCCUUGCGUAAGAGCCUUGGAAUUGCAGAAGAAUGGGUAUACGUAAUCAAGAGAGACCGAGAUGGGAAGAUCUCAUGGCAUGCUUUUGAUCCCAUAUAUCAGCUCUGGCAGCCUCUCCCUCCAGUGCCGAAGGAAUACUCUGAAGCUUUAGGUUUUGGAUGUGCCGUCCUAAGUGGGUGCCACCUUUACUUAUUCGGCGGCAAAGACCCACUGAAAGGCUCGAUGAGACGAGUGGUUUUUUACAGUGCGAGGACAAAUAAAUGGCACCGUGCCCCUGAUAUGCUUCGGAGACGGCAUUUCUUCGGUUCAUGUGUUAUAAACAACUGCUUGUACGUAGCUGGUGGUGAGAACGAGGGUGUUCACCGAACUAUGAGGUCAGCAGAGGUAUAUGAUCCCAACAGAAACCGUUGGUCCUUCAUUUCAGAGAUGAGUACGGCCAUGGUGCCCUUCAUUGGCGUCGUUUACGAUGGAAAGUGGUAUCUGAAGGGGCUCGGGUCACACCGGCAGGUUCUUAGCGAGGUCUACCAACCGGAGAUGGAUAGCUGGUUCCCAGUGUACAAUGGAAUGGUCACCGGCUGGAGAAACCCUAGUGUCUCCUUUAACGGGGACCUCUAUGCUUUGGAUUGCAAGGACGGAUGCAAAUUGAGGGUUUACGAUGAAGUGACGGAUUCUUGGAGCAAGCACAUUGACAGUAAGAUGCAUUUGGGAAAUUCGCAGGCUCUAGAAGCGGCUGCGCUCGUUUCCCUCAAUGGGAAACUGUGUGUUAUCAGAAACAACAUGAGCAUUUCCGUCGUCGAUGUUUCGAAAUCUGAUGGUGGCAGGGGUGCAACUGCUGAACAUUUGUGGGAAACAAUAGCAGGAAAAAGCCAAUUAAGGACCAUGGUCACGAAUCUCUGGUCUAACCUCGCUGGGAGGAACCGCCUGAAAAGUCACAUUGUUCACUGCCAGGUUCUUCAAGCCUAGACACUGUACGCUAAACUCAGUUCCAUGGUUAUGUAUUUUCAGAAAUUUCUUGCCGCGGCGAUAUAGAACUGCAUCCAGAUGAGGCCAAAAGCUUUGUCAAAAUCGGAUUUGACGAUGUUAAACGGAUGCACGAUCCAAAUUGAAGCUCAAAUGUCCCAUUUUAGAGUCGCUAUAUCUUUGCAUGGAUGUUUACCUUUCGGGGCUAGGAAAAGAAAUUUUGGAAGAUACAUGGCUGGGCUUCGGGUAGAGAUGGGGAUCAAGUGAUGAGACCUCAUUUGUAGCUUGUUCGACUUUUGGGUUUUGCUUUGUAGACCUUGUUUAUGUUCCCUGUUCCACACAGGUUAUUAAAUAUGAUGUGAACUGGUUUCACCUGAUCGUCGAAAGCAGUCCGGAGCCAGUGUAUGUGGUUCAUGGAGUGCAUUGUGGAGAUCUCUACCCUCU